CAGCAAUGCAGUUUGAUCCCUGGCUCCAUGUCAAUGCCGGUGCUCCAAAGGCCAGGAAACAUCACCCUGGGUGGCCUCUUCUCCCUCCACGACGCUGUUCUGGAGACGGACCUCUCCUUCACCACACUGCCUGCUGCCAUGCGCUGCACGGGGUUUAACUUCCGGACGUUCCGCUGGAUGCAGACGAUGAUCUUUGCGAUCGAGGAGAUCAACAGGAAUGCUAGCCUGCUUCCAGGGGUAACCCUGGGUUACAAGAUCUACGACUCAUGCAGUACGCCCUACCACGCCCUCAGUGCCGCCAUGGAACUGAUGGAGGGGGACAGAGGGGUGGGGGAGGUCAAGGGGGGGCUGGGGGGCACAUGCUCAGUUUCGGUUCCGGUGGUGAUUGGAGACGGAGGGUCUACCCAGUCUCUGGUUGUAGCUCGUGUCCUGGGAGUGUUUCACGUGCCACAGGUGAGUUAUUUCUCCAGCUGUGCGUGUCUGAGUGACAAGAGUCAGUUUCCUGCCUUCCUCAGGACCAUGCCUAGCGACUUCUUCCAGGUAGAUGCGUUGGUGCAGCUUGUCCAACACUUCGGCUGGACCUGGGUGGGCGUGGUCGCUGGUGAUGAUGCAUAUGGGAGAGGAGGAGCCCAGAUCUUCGCUGAGAAGGUACAGAAGCUGGGGGCUUGUGUGGCUCUGCAUGAGAUCAUUCCCAAAAACCAUGAAGAGGCUGCCAUGGCUGCCAUCGUGGCUGACAUCCGAGCCUCCAAAGCUGGGGUGGUCCUGGUGUUCGCCCUGGAGCAGGAUGCUGGAGCUCUGUUCGAUGAGGUGCUCAGACAAAGGCUGACGGGGGUCCAGUGGCUGGCCAGCGAGGCCUGGAGCACGGCUUCAGUCCUCUCCAUGCCACCCUGUUACCGACCCAUCCUGCUGGGCUCCAUGGGCUUCGCCAUCCGCCGGGCGCACAUCACAGGCCUCCAAGACUUCCUGCUCCGCCUGCAUCCCUCCAGCCCUGAAGCCCCGCUGGACCCCUUCCUCGGGCCCUUCUGGGAGGCUGUGUUUGGCUGCAGCCUGAGCCAGGGUGAGAGUGGGGGCCACGGGUCCAUCGUCCCUCCGUGUUCAGGCAAGGAGAACCUGGGCAACGUGAGGAACAUCUACUCAGACGUGUCACAGCUGAGGAUCUCCUAUAACGUGUACAAGGCAGUGUACGCCAUCGCCCACGCUCUGCACGACCUGAGGGGAUGUGAGGCUGGCCGCGGGCCGCUUCCUCUGCAGGCCUGUCUAGACGCACACAACUUUCAGCCCUGGCAGCUGCUGCAUUACCUGAAGCAGGUGGACUACACCAACGCGUUUAACGAGGAGACCAAGUUUGACGAAAACGGGGACCCCGUAGCCAUGUACGACCUGGUGAGCUGGCAGGAACGGGCCGACGGCCAGGUGGACUUUGUGACGGUGGGAAGGUUUGACCAGACCAUCAGCGUGGCCAGGAGGAAGCUGCAGAUCCAGGAGACGGAUAUCGUCUGGAGCAGCAACCAGACCACAGCUCCCCUCUCCGUCUGUAGCUCCAGCUGCCUCCCAGGAACCAGGAAGGCCAUCAAGCCCAACCUGCCUGUAUGCUGCUUUGACUGUGUGGUCUGCACAGCAGGGGAGAUUAGCAAUGAGACAGAUGCUAUAGACUGCGUGCGCUGCCUGCCAGAGUUCUGGUCCAACCCUGACCGUACCGCCUGCAUCCCCAGGCAGUUGGACUUCCUGUCCUACAGCGACACCAUGGGCGUCACGCUGCUGGCCCUGGCUCUGACGGGGUCCUUCUGCACCACCUUGGUCCUCCUCAUAUUCGCCUGCCACAGACAGACGCCCAUCGUCAGGGCCAACAACUCAGAGCUCAGCUUCCUGCUCCUCUUCUCCCUGACUCUGUGUUUCCUGUGUUCUCUCACCUUCAUCGGCCGGCCUUCUGAGUGGUCCUGUAUGCUGCGCCACACAGCGUUUGGGAUCACUUUUGUCCUCUGCAUCUCUUGUGUUCUGGGGAAGACUAUAGUGGUGCUGAUGGCCUUCAGGGCUACACUUCCAGGAAGUGAUGUCAUGAAAUGGUUUGGGCCUCCACAGCAACGAGCCAUCAUCCUCAUGUGCACACUGGUACAGGUGGUGAUCUGUGUUGUGUGGCUGGCUGUGGCCCCUCCCACCCCUCACAGACUGAUGAGCCAUGAGGAUGCCCAGAUCAUCCUGCUCUGUGAUGAGGGCUCGGCCCUGGGCUUCUCCCUGGUCCUGGGGUACAUCGGCCUGCUGGCCUCGCUCUGCCUCCUCCUGGCCUUCCUGGCCAGGAAACUCCCAGACAACUUCAAUGAGGCCAAGCUCAUCACCUUCAGCAUGCUGAUCUUCUGCACCGUGUGGGUGGCGUUUAUCCCAGCUUACGUCAGCUCUCCGGGGAAGUUCACGGUUGCCGUGGAGAUCUUUGCCAUCCUGGCCUCCAGUUACGGACUUCUGGUCUGCAUCUUCGCCCCAAAGUGUUACAUCAUCCUGCUGAGGCCUGAGAGGAACACCAAGAAACAGAUGAUGGCCAAAUAA